GCGGGGUCGCCCAUGCGCGAACUCCACCCUGGGGGAAGCCCGCUGCCACUGUCGGCCCCGAGCGCUGUCCCGGGGCCGCGUCGAGAGGUCCGCGGCGCACACUGUUCCCCGCGGGGACGAGCCCGGAGAGCCUGGCCGCUGUCCGCGGCGCGCUCGGGGCUGCGGGCACCAGGCUGCGGGGAUUGCAGGGACCGUCGGUCAGCCACGGGUCCCCGAGCCGGGCCCGAGCGUGCGCGCGCGUCCCGCUGCCCGCAAUCAUGGCAGCCGGCGCCUUGGAGCGCAGCCGCCGAGCGCGCCCCAGCAGCCGCCUCGGUGCCAGGGCGGCGGGGGCGGGCCGGGCCGGGCGCUCGCGCCCGCCCGCCUUGGCCGCGCGGGCCCCGGGGCGCGAAACGGAAAGCCGCUGGGUCCCCGCGGCGCGGUGCCCCUGCCCGGGGUGGGCGGCGGGAGGGGCUGCGGGGCGGGGACGCGCUGGCGAGGAGCGCCCGGGGCGGCGUGCCCGCGGGGACGCGCACGCGGGGCUGCGGGGCGAGGCGCGGGGCCGGGCGGCGAAUCCGCUGCUCGCGCCGCCUGCCCCGCCCGCGCGCGCCGUCCCGGGGUAGGGGGCGGUGGAGGAGGGAACCCAGGAGGGGCGGCGCCCGGUCCUCACCCGCAGCGGGCACGGCGGGGGCCGUGGGCGGCCUCGUUGGUAUUCCGGGCGCGGUUGCAGCCCCGACCUCCCUUCAGAACAGGGGUGCCCGGGCGCGCGGGCACGGCCGCCGCUCUCGGGCGGUCUCCGCGGGCUGCGGGGCCCGCAGGCGCCUUGCUUUCCCCGUCCCCUCCUCCCUGGGUCCCCAGUACUCCCUCCCCCGCUCCGAUCCGGCGGCGAAGGGGUGGGCAGGGAAACGCGCUCUCUGGGACAGGUGCCAACUCCGAGACAAAAGACAUAAAAUAGGCGGCAACGGGGGAAGCGCGGCCGGCGCGCUCGGGCGGGGACGGCGCCGCCGCGGGGGCCGCAUCCUCGGUGCCGACCCGGGAAAGUUUGGGAAGUCGCCGUGGCGGCUUCGCAGCGGCGGGGGACGCGCGGCCCGGGUAGCCCUCCGCGCCGCGCUAGCCCUCUCCGCGCCGCUGCUGAAUAAUUCAUGGCGCGGCCGCCGGCCAUUAGCAUGCACCGGGCGCGCGGCGCGUCUGUGCCAAGCCGCCGCCGCAUUCGGCGCCCAGGCAGCGCGAGACGAGCGGCCGCGCGGCGGCCGGGCCCACGCUGUCCCCGCGCUCGCCUGCCCGGCGGCGCCCAUUGUGCCCCGACCCGCCCCGCCGGGCUGUCCCCGCCUGCAUCCCACCGCCCGCCCGACGGCCCGGCUCUGCAAGUCCUGGCCCGCGACGCCCGCCCCGGAAUGCACGUGAACUUGGAGAAAGUCGCGGGGACGCGCCGGCCGGGCUCUCCGCGGCAGGGCGUGGGCGUCCCCGGGACGGCGCGCUUUCGUUUUCGUCUGGGACAAAGGUCCCUUGCGGCACGCGGACGCCGUGACCGGGUCCUGCGGGCCACUGUCUGGCGCAGUCGGGUCGCUAAGCGCAGGGAAGCCGGAGCCCGAAGGCAAGGACCGACGCGGCGCGGGGCCGGGGAAGUGGGGCCUGGGCCGUGCGCUUCGCCAGCGGCCGUCCAGAGCAGUCCCACCCUGCGAAGAGUUGCGGGAACUGGCACCGCUCUGUCGUCCGCCGCUUCAACGCGUGAAGAGGGUGAGCAUUUGGAACCCAGGACUCAGACCGCUAGCUGAGGGCCUGUGCCGCUCUGGGCACGCGAGCGCGGCGCCGGCGGCGGCCAGGCGCGGUCCUCCCGCAAGGGCAGGGCUGUCGACCUGUGCGCCCCAGGUCACGAUCGGGUUCACGGCGACUCCCGAGGACGAACGUGGCCCUGUCCCAGAGCAUCACCCGAGACAUCAGGAGCACAUCGCGGGCUUGGGAAGACCCUCCUGGACCUCAUGGCCCAGGUCUUCCACCCUUGGCCACCUCCCCAGUGACGCCUGAAGCUCAAGGGACUGUGUCCACCCUCAGGCCCUGCCCGUGGCUCUGGAUCGGCGGUCCCCGUCAGAGGCCUGGGCUGAGUCCUCAGGUCAAGAAGGGGCGCUGACCUGGAGCCCUUGCCUGUGGCUGGCUGUCCCCGCAGUGAGCUGGGCCUCCUGCCAUCCUGGCUCUGGAGGGCAUCUGAGUGGAAGAGGCGCCCUCAGCCUCACUUCCACACCCUGAAGACUCUCUGGCUCUGGGCUCUGUUACGCGCACUGCCUAUCUGCAGGGCCCAGCCUGCCUCGAGUGCUCCCUGGGGACAGAAGCCCUUGCGGUAGCCCCUCCUGUCACCUAGCCACCGGUCAUCCUGGAAUGCAGCCCUAAUGCCCAGAGGCUACCUGCCGUCGCCCAGGAUGACUCAAGAUGCCACCUGGGUAAGUGUAACUCAGAACAAGAAAGGCCAAAUAAGGGAAACUGAGUCACAUCUACUUCUCCCAGGCAGGGCUGGGGGGCCCAGGGAGAGGGCACUUGUGGUGACGACCAGGGUGGACUAGGGGCCUGUCUCCUUUUCUCUGUUUGCCACACCUUGUAGAGCCAGACCUGUGGGCUGGGGCCCCCCAUGGUGGGUACUGCAGGCUCUGGGGGGCUGAAGUCCUGGCUUGGGGGACCUGUGGGGGCCAGGCUGGGGCCAUUGGAAUCUGUGUGGUGGUCCCCACCUGCACUCCAGCUCCAAUGGCUGGUGGCGGGGGCCCUGGCAGCUGACCCCUUGCCUCAGUGGAGAGACCAUGGCCCACGAGGGCAUGAGACCUGCCCAGAAUAUAGCCCAAAGGCUGGCCUGGAUUGCCACAGCUCACCUGCUGGACCAUCCUGCCCCACCCCUUUUUUAGCCUGCUGGGACCAUGGGUCAGAACCCAGUACAUGUGAGGGGACCCAGCCAGCCAGAGACUAAGUCAGGAGCCCAGAGCGCAUGCUUAGGGUGCAACCCACCCCACAGCCUUCCCCAAGGCAUUUCCCAGGGGUGCAGAUGGGGGCAGAUGCAGGGACAUUCAAGGUGGACCACCUGACUGGGAGCUGGUGAUGAGGUGAGCGACAGCCUGAGCCAGCCUGAGCUCAGCAGAACUGGGAUGGCAUUGAUCUUCCCACUCUGGCCACUCACCACAGCUAGGAGGGUCCAAGGAGACCCUCAGCCACUGUCCCUUCAGCCCCCGCCCCACCCUGACUGGCUCUGCCGGAACAGUCCUUAGGGACAUCUUGGUCCUGCCCACCAGUCAGGGGAUCCAGAAUUGGGGCAGGGGAACAGGACCCGCAGACCCUCUCAUACAGCUUUUGUUCUGAGGCCUUGAGGGAACAUGGGGUUUUCGAGACCCCAGGCCAGACGAUGCCCGGACAGAGGAGGGUCAGGCUGCAUUGGGGCCCUCCUGGUCCCCACGCCUGGGUGAGUCAGCAUCUCAGUCUCCAGUUCUGGGUGGGCGGCGCCAGGUGUGAGCCUCAGUGGUCUCCUUGCUGGCUAAGGACCUGGGAUUUGCUCCAGAUGCCCCUCAGGAGGGAGUAGGACACAGUGCCCAGAGAGCAAGCAGACCCCCUCCCCGACCAACUUCUGAGAGCAAAGACACCUAGAACCAGAGACUCAGCACCCCCGAGCCUCAGUUUCCCCACUACGGAGUGGGAUCCAGCCAGAGACUCAGCACCUCCGAGCCUCAGUUUCCCCACUACGGAGUGGGAUCCAGCCAGAGACUCAGCACCCCCGAGCCUCAGUUUCCCCACUACGGAGUGGGAUCCAGCCAGAGACUCAGCACCCCCGAGCCUCAGUUUCCCCACUACGGAGUGGGAUCCAGCCAGAGACUCAGCACCCCUGAGCCUCAGUUUCCCCACUACGAAGUGGGAUCCAUGAUCUCAGCCUCACCAGGGCUGUGAAGAUUAAAUGGUCCAGCUCAGCCUGGUGCCUGCCUGGAGUAGGCGGCCUGCUGAGGAUGAGCUGUGGAAGGAGGGCUUGGGUAGACCUUCCAAGUCCAGUUGGGCACGGGGAGCUGAGAGCUAGCGUGCCUUUUAACUUGGCAGGAAGCAGAACAUUUGGACUUCACUCUGCUGCCCCCCUUGGCUGUGUGACAUCUGGGUCACGUUGCCUCUCUGGGCCUCAGUCCCCUCACCUGUAAGAGGAGUUGACAGUCGUGCCUGCCUCCUCAGCUUUUCCCCAGGCUCCCCCAGGAAGGUGGUGGCCACAGUUAGCAAUUGUUGAGGCUGACUCUGCGCCAGGCCCAGGAUAGGCGGGGCUCAGGGAGGCCCAUCUCUUGCCACGUUCCCCUGCUAGGGGAACCCCGAAACCCCCCUCAGUGCCGUCCUCAUGCCACACUCUGUCCCAGCCCUGUGAGCCCCAAGCUAGGGCAGUGAGUGUGCCAGCCCCCAUAGGGACAGGCACUGGACCCUGGGUGGCCUCGAGGGUCUAUGCUUCCCCCCCAGCUGCUCUCCCUGAGAGGCCACUUCCUUCAAGGAAGGAAAGAACCAUGUCUCGCCACCUCCUACAGCAUGGUCAGCCCCGGGCAGCCUGCACAGCAGGGCCAGAGCCGGAGCCCCUGGGGAGGGAUGCCUGCCUGCCCAGUGGGAGGAGACAGCACGUCCCGGGGGCUGCUGCUCAGCCAGCCUGGGGGCCCCAGGUGCUGCUUCUGGCGGCCUGUGCGGGGAGGGAGGGCCAAGCAGGGUGGGCACUCUCACGCCCGUGGCUUGCUGGCCUUUGACAGAUGACAGCCCUCCUCUUAGGGUCUCCAGUGCAGAGUUCCUUGGGGACAUUAUGGCCACUCCUGUCCAGAUGAGAGGGGGCCGGCUGCCUGUGACAGCGUCGCAAAAUGCCACUGGGGCUUUCCCUCCCUCCUUCCUUCUCUCUUUCUCGUUCCUCUCUGGUUGGUGGUUUCCUGCAGGCUCCUGUCCCUGCUGGUGCCGGCCACGAUGUCCUCACUCCCAAAGGUUGGGUGUCCCAGUCCCCUGCACCCCACCUCACCUGCCCGCCAGAAUCCCUGUGCCCUUGGUUCCUGUGGCCUGCCAAACCCCGAGCCCUGUUCCCCUCAGCCCUCUUUCCUCCCCCGCUCCAGGAGGUGCCUCUGGAAGCCAUGGAGUCCCCUCGGCACCAAGACCGACUGCCCUUUGGGGUGAGGUAGUAGGUUGUAUAGUUUGGGGCUCUGCCCUGCUAUGGGAUAACUAUACAAUCUACUGUCUUUCCUGAAGUGGCUGUAAUAUCUGCGGUGGACAGAGCAUCUGGAACCCUGGCUGGGAGGGGCGGGGGCAGGUUUGGGGGCAAGCUUGGCAGCAGGCGGGGGCAGGGGCUCCCUACACUAAGAAGUUGGCAGGCCUAGGUUCCUCUUGCCGUGUGACCUUGGACAGGCCCCUGAUCUCUCUGGGCCGGUUUCCUCCUCUGUAAAAUGGAGGCAAAUGAGGAUAGAAGGAGAUGCGGAUGGAAGGAGAGCGUCCAGGGCACAGGAGAGCUGAGCCAACCCCACCCUCUGCCCCAGCCACACUGAGAGCGGCGACCCAUGCGGCUGUUUGUCCAACUUCUGUCUCCCAACACCACCCCCAUCAGACACAGGCUCAUGGGUGACCCUGAGCAGGAGACUGGGCCGUACCCUCCACUGAGCACCAGAAGGCACCACGGGGCCAGGGAUAGCUGAGACGUUCGGAGGUCACAGGGCCGUGAGUGUUGGCCUUGCCCACCACCCCAGGUGCCCAGCAUGUGCCCCAGCCUGGCCAGCUCAGUGGCAGGGCCUCUGCCUGUGGAGGAAGGGAGGCCGAGGCACCUUUCCCGAGCAGGAAGUGAGAGGAACAGCUCUGCACACAUUGGGCCCCACAUGGACACAACCUGAAGGCAGACGGUGGCUCCUCUGUACCUGGGGAAACUGAGGCCCAGAGAGCCGGGGCUUCCCGAGACCAGCCAGCAGCAGCUGCCCCUUCCUGGGGUGCCAUCUCCCCAUCCCUCCUGCCCUGCGCCUGCCCAGCCCUCCUGCUCCGGUGACUGAGGACCGCUGGGCAGGGGCUGGUGUUGGGCAGGGGCUGGUGUUGGGCGGGGGCGGCGGGCCCUCCCGCAGUGCAAGGCCGGGCCUGGCGGGGUGAGGUAGUAGGUUGUGUGGUUUCAGGGCAGUGAUGUUGCCCCUCAGAAGAUAACUAUACAACCUACUGCCUUCCCUGAGGAGCCCAGUGACACGACCCUACGGGAGGGCUGCCCCCGACGUCGGUGACCUAUGGGGGCCUGAGCUGAAGAUGGGCCGGCAUCUGGGGCCUAGAGUCAAUAAAGCUGUUCUGACCGUGAA